CCCAUCAUUCUUCCUCCUGUCCCCAUCCACUCGCUCAUCAAUCCCACCCUCUUCCUCUCUCUCGCUCUAAUUACUCGCUCCUGCCUCUCGCUCUCUCUCUACCUCAUCUAGCUUUAAGCGCUCCUCCCCCGUCUCUCUCACCCCCCCUUCCCUACACAGCCACCUCGUUGUUAGAUUUUCGUGCGUGUUCAGUGGUCAGAAUGGCGUCGCUUGGCCUCCUACUGCUCAGUGCCGCACUGCUCCACGCCACUCAGUGUGCACUUGCAGCUCGCAUAGGAGUCGGCCGUCAGAACCCGUUGGCCUACGACAAUGACCGUGAUGAGAUGAUGUCACAACCGGCCUACUACCGGUCAGAUGGUUGGAGUGGGCCCAGCUUGGAGCAGGCCCUUCAACGAUUGGUGGAGAGGGCUCAGAGACGGGAGCAGGAGGAGGAGCAGCGAACAGCGUCCUUGGCAUCUUUGCUCCGCCUCCUCGCCCAAGCUGGGGCUGCCCAAUUGGUUGCUCCUGGGGAUGUACAGGUGGGAGAAGGGGAUUUCCAGGGCCAGAACCAGGGCCGAGGUCCAAGUCGGGGGAGGCCCCCUGCGACCUGGUGGACACCUCAGGUGCUUCAGGCCGUGCUAGACAGGAUGGAGCCACAAGUAGGUGGAGCCCAGGCGGCAAAGACAAGGCUUGAUCGAUUUCGGGGUGAUGACUACGAAGACAUCAGCGAUGACGAUUUGAGACGUCUACUUGCCAGGAUCCUUCCAAUCCUCAAACCCGACUAUGCCCCCUCCAACCGGCGCACACGGCGGGAUCUGUCUGUCACAGAGACCGCUGGAAGCGCCCACAAGAGAAGCCGCCGCUCCCUUGGUGAUGAUGCCUUGCCACCAUCCGGCAACGAACCACUGCUCAGGGUGAAGAGGCUGGAUGAGGAUGAAGAGGACGGGCAGCAACUUGACACGGUGGCUAACGUGCAACAUGGCGCCCGACGCCGGAGAGCCGCUCUGAACCACGUGCUGCUUCACCAGAUUGUCAACCACAUGAGGAAGUAGGAAAGGGAAUGAUGGAAAGUGGUGUUGAGCAGAUUCAUCUUUAUUGUCAUGAACAUAUAUUCAAGAAAUGUCCUCAUCACAGGAUAAUUGCUAAAUUGUACUGUAUCGGUGGGAAAGUUCUUAAAUGAAGCCUGAUUAUCGGUAGGUGUGUAUUCCACUUCGAUCAUUAACAGGACCAGCGGGGAGGGUUGUACUUUUAACACACCCCACACAAUAAAAUAAUCAAGAGUCCUCUUUAACAAGUUGGCCUUUGCUGAAUUUGAUCAAAAUUCAAAACUAAUACAAAGAAAUAUCUAAACCACACCACAGAAUAAUCUGGAUCAUCUUCGAAGAUAUCCGCCAAUCAGGCUUUUACUGAAAAAAAAAUGCUCAGAUUAGGCCAAUUAUAUUUGUCUACCCCUCCUUAGUCAUCGAGAAGAUCAGGUCUGAAAAAAGUAGUCUUGACACGCCCCACACGACAGGAUAAUAGCUCCAGCCUAACCACCUGGCCACGGCUGCCUCAUCGUAUUGUCAUUUGUGUCGUUGUAUGGAUGGAGGUCAAGUUCAAAGUGGCACCACCAAGAACAUCAUUCAAAGCUCUGUGAUUAUUUCCUUCCAGUUGUGUUUGUGCACUCCAGCUUGUCAUGUGAUCACAAGUGUGCAUGCCUACAUGGCACAAUAUAAUCAAAAGUAAUAAAGUUCAAAUCGUUAA